AUGCAACUCACCGUCCUCCUCUUCGUUUUCGUGCUCUGCUUGGCCACCGUCUUCGCCGUUCCGAUCGCCGAUGGUAAGUCUGAUCUGCUCGAAUCCUUCAGUGCUCUAACAUCCCAUUUUCAGCUACUCGUGACCAUCGUGAGGUCGGAGCCGCCUCGGAAAAGCGGCAAACAAAGUCUCGCUCCGGCUACAUCCGCUUCGGAAAACGGCGAGUCGAUCCUAACGCGGAGCUUCUGUACCUCGACCAGCUGCUCCUCUGA